AUGUCGACACCAGAGGAGGCUGCAGCUGCAACUGAAACUGAGGGAGCCAAUGUCUUGCGAAGGAAUUCAGAUGAUGUGGGAUGGGAAUAUGGGGUUCUUGUUGAUGCUAACAACAAGGACAAGGUGAAGUGCAAAUUUUGUGACAGGGUCUUUCAAGGAGGGAUUUAUCGGUUGAAGCAACAUGUGGCCCAUGAAGGAAAGAAUGUGAGGAAAUACAGGGACAACAUAGAUGAGGCUAAAGCCAAUUGCAAAAAAUCACUAGAUGAAGCAAAAAGGAAGAGGGAGGAGAAAACUAUCCGUGAGCUAGAACUUAGAGAGGAGGUGAAUAUUUCUCGGGUUGGAGGUAGAGAGGAAGAGGAAGUGACUUGUGUUGGAAGUUCAGAGCCUCACAAAUUAGGACCCAUGGACAAAUGGGUACGUGCCAUUGACCCUAAAGCAACAAAAAGUGAAUCUUUGAAGCAACAGAAGCUGAACAAGGAACUUUUGAAAGAAAGAACACAUGAGGUGCAUAAAUAUAUUGCAAGAUGGGUCUAUACACAUGCAAUACCAUUCAAUGCAUGUGACAAUGAUGAGUUCAAGCAAAUGUGUGAAGCAAUUGGACAGUUUGGAGCUGGAUUUGAACCUCCAUCUCAGUAUGAUCUGCGAGAGAAAUUGCUGGAAGAAGAAUAUGCAAGAACCAAGAGUUUGCUGCAAGAACGUGAAGCUGAGAAGGUGAAGAGUGGGUGCUCUAUUAUGACUGAUGCUUGGUCAGAUAGGAAGAGGAGAAGCAUAAUGAACCUGUGCACUAAUUGUGCUGAUGGAACCAGUUUUAUCAGCUCAAAAGAGAUGUCAGAUGUGUCACACACAAGUGAAGUCAUCUUUGAACUAGUGGACAAAGCAAUUGAAGAUAUUGGUCCGGAUAAUGUGGUGCAAGUAGUGACAGAUAAUGCUUCUAACAACAUGGGAGCAAAGAAGCUAUUGCUUGAGAAGAGACCACAGAUCUUUUGGACCUCUUGUGCAACUCACACAAUCAACUUGAUGCUCCAAGGAAUUAGCAACAUGGCUCGGUUCAAGAAGGUGAUUGACCGAGCAAAGGCAUUCACCAUAUUUGUCUAUGGACACACAAGAACAUUGGAGUGCUUGAGACACUUCACAGAGGGGAAAGAGAUAAUUAGGCCAGGAGUGACUAGGUUUGCUUCAGCCUUCCUCACUUUGAACAGCAUGCAAGAGAAGAAGGACCAGCUAAGAAAGAUGGUGGUUCAUAGUAGGUGGGACACAUUGAUGGAAGUGAAAUCAAAGAAAGGAAAAGAUGCCACUGCUAUUAUAUUGAAUCCAACCUUUUGGAAGGAUGUCAAGCUAACAAUUAGUGUUUUUGAGCCAUUGGUCAAAAUUCUCCGUUUGGUUGAUGGGGAUGUGAAGCCAUCCAUGGGUUUCUUAUUUGGAGAACUACUAAAGCCAAAGAGAGAGAUCAAAGAGGCCUUUGGAAAUGUUGAAUCCCAUUACAAGGAUUUAUGGUGA